AUGGCUGCUACGAAGCUCAAAAUUGGCUGUGCUGGCCUCGGUCGCAUGGGCAAGCGCCAUGCCCUCAAUUUCCUCCAGCGCACUCCCCGUGCCGAGCUGGUCGCCGCCAGCUCCCCUGACGAUGCUGAGCUUGAAUGGGCUAAGGUCCAUCUUGAACCAUAUGGCGUGAAGUUAUACAAGAAUUACGAUGACAUGCUCCGCCACGAAGGUCUGGAAGCCGUGGUCGUUGCGUCGGCCACCGCCGUUCAUGCCGAACAGGCCAUCAAGGCCAUUGAUGCUGAAAAGCACGUUCUGUGCGAAAAGCCAUUGUCAACCAGUGUCGAGAUCUCCCAAUCUGUCCUCGACGCUGCUGCCAAGAAGCCUCAUCUCAAGGUGAUGUGCGGAUUCUCCCGUCGCUUCGAUGCCUCAUACCGGGAUGCAUACAACAAGAUGAGUGCCGGCUCAAUUGGCUCGCCCUCAGUUAUGCGUAGUCAGACCUGUGACAAGCUAGAUCCCAGUGGGUUCUUUGUCGCCUAUGCCCAGUUCUCCGGUGGUAUCUUCGUUGACUGCUCAAUCCACGAUAUCGACCUUGCCCUCUGGUUCUUCGGUCAAGACAGCAAAGUCAAGUCUGUAUCCGCCGUCGGCAUCACGGCCGUUGAGCCGGACCUGCGCAAGCACAACGACCGCGACAAUGCCGUCGGCUUGGUCGAGUUCCACAAUGGCAAAAUCGCCUACUUCUACGCUUCUCGCAUGAUGGCCGCCGGCCAAGAAGAUACUACCGAAGUCAUCGGCACCCAGGGCAAGCUGGCCGUCAACACACAGCCAGCCCUAAACCUCGUCAACAUCUACGAUAGUACUGGUAUCCGUCGGGAGAUCCCUCAGCACUAUUACGACCGCUUCGAAUAUGCCUUCGUGACCGAGGCCAAUGAGUUCACCGCUUGCUGCCUCGAGAACACCCCUGUCCCACUCAGACUCGACGGUGCCGUCCAGGCCGUCCGCAUUGGAGCUGCGCUCCAGGAGUCGCUUAUCACCGGCGAGAAGAUCUUCUUCGAUGAAGAGGGUAACCGGGUGGACAAGUCUCGGCUAUAG